AUGACGGCUGGAAUCAUCAGCCUCCUGCCCAUCCGAUCCUCGCCGAUACUACGCCUGUUCACCCACGGAGCAAUUCGCAUCGCUCAUGUCCACAUCUCUGCCCCCCAUUCGGAUAUAGAUCCGGAUCCAGGUUCAAUGUUGGCCAGAGCGAACAAGGCAUACGAGGCCAGCGCGCCGCCUCCCAAGAACGACUUGGCGAAGCAACUCUUCCCAUCGAGCAGUCCCAGUGCCACCCAAAAUGGAAAUAUCAUGGACCAAUUCAAGAAGACAAGCCAGCCGAUCUCGAAUGCCCCCGUAUCGGCGAGGACCGCUUCAACCACCAACACAUCCAUGCCCUCGAAAUCGUCACGGCCUCCACCAGGCAGGACUGCCAGCGUCACACACUUCGCAAACAGCAACCGAUCUGUCCUAGACUCGCUUUCCGCCCCAAACGGAAGAUCUCUCGCCUCAUUAUACUCUAGAUCUGAUUCUUUUCGCCACGAGCCUGAGACCAGCCUGUCUGUCCAAAACCAGUCAGCCAACUCAAAACCCGUCGUCUACUUUGCUGAGGAUGACUUCAGCGACGACGACCAACUGGACCUUGACUAUGAAGCACCAUCUGCCUUGCCUUCGCUUCCCAAACCCCCAUCCAAGGCGGUUAAGGUCCCCGAGCCGCCAAUAGAAGAACCUUUGUCACAGUUUGUACCGUGGUCAUCGUCUCCCGCCUCCCAUUUCGUCAACCCGAAGCUGUCUCGCACGACCUCCGCCACGAGCUCACUCAAACGCGACUCUCCAGAGAACGCAGAGUCUCUGGCGGCCCUGCAGCCCAAGAAGCGUAGGCUCCCGAAGAACUGGAGCUUUGAGGAGGAGGAUCGCACCCCCGUACCAGAAAGCGAGCCCGAAGUACCUCGAUGGGCUCCCGGUGGAGUUACACCCGCCCCGAAGAAAGAGACAUGGAACAUGACGGCCAGUGCUGUCAAAGAGCAGAAGAAACAGUUGAAAACCCAGUCCAAGAAAGCUAUGGCCGGCGAUGAAUGGACCAUGGACGAAAUUCGACAAGAGGUCACUCAGAGUAAUCUUCCCAGGCCUAAGGCGUCGGCGAUUGCCCUGACCAAGGAGCAAAAACACGUUCAGAGUCUCGUGGUCAACAAGGGGCAGAGCGUAUUUUUCACGGGCCCGGCAGGAACCGGAAAAUCAGUCCUGAUGCGGUCGAUCAUCGCCGAGCUAAAGAAGAAGUGGGCGAGAGAUCCUGAGAGGCUGGCCGUCACAGCAUCAACCGGCCUUGCGGCUUGCAAUAUCGGAGGCCAAACGUUGCACAGCUUCGCUGGAAUCGGCCUCGGGAAAGACGACAUUCCAACGUUGGUCAAAAAGAUCAGGCGGAACCCCAAGGCCAAGAACCGCUGGCUCAGGACCAAGACGCUCAUCAUUGACGAGGUAUCCAUGGUCGACGGUGAACUCUUUGAUAAACUGUCGUCAAUCGGCCGAACCAUCCGGAAUAACGGCAAGCCCUGGGGUGGCAUUCAACUCGUAAUCACGGGUGACUUUUUCCAGCUGCCCCCGGUACCCGACGGCGACAAAAGCAGGGAAUCCAAAUUCGCAUUCGAAGCGGCGACGUGGAACACGGCGAUUGACCACACAAUUGGCUUGACGCAAGUGUUCCGACAGAGAGACCCAGUCUUUGCCAACAUGCUCAACGAAAUGCGUCUCGGCAAAAUCAGCGAGGAAACGGUGCAAGCUUUCCGGAAACUAACAAGGCCCAUCGUCAGCGAUGAUGGACUAGAGGUGACUGAGCUGUUUCCCACCAGAUACGAGGUCGAGAAUGCCAACCAGGGGCGAUUGCGCAGCCUUCCCGGGAAAACGUAUCGGUUUGAUGCCGCCGACUCUGGAGACCCUCAAGUUCGCGACAAACUACUUCAGAACAUGAUGGCAGCAAAGACCAUUGAUCUGAAGGUUGGCGCUCAGGUUAUGCUGAUCAAGAACAUGGACGACACUCUUGUCAACGGGUCACUUGGAAAGGUGACACGGUUCAUGAGCGAGGGCAGUUUCGAGUCUUGGCACAUGACGGAUUACGGGUCCGAUGUUGAUGCGUCCGAGGAAGGCGACCUCAAGCGAAAGAUCAAGGCCUUUAGCAGAGAGGUUGAAGAAGCGACCAAAGGGACAACUGAAUUCCCCGUGGUAGAGUUCGCCGCAGUGGACGGGUCGACUCGUACCAUUCUGUGCGUUCCAGAAGACUGGAAGGUCGAAACGCCGACAGGCGAAGUACAAGCUAGCCGCAGCCAGCUGCCCCUCAUCCUUGCGUGGGCAUUGUCGAUUCACAAGGCCCAGGGACAGACUUUGGAAAGAGUCAAGGUGGACCUAGGCAAGGUCUUCGAGAAAGGUCAGGCCUAUGUUGCACUCAGCCGAGCAACCAGUCAACAGGGCUUGCAAGUACUUCGCUUCCAGAAGGACAAGGUCAUGGCCCAUCCCCGAGUUGUGGGAUUCUACAACAAACUCUACAGCGCUGAGCAAGCUGUCGCGAAGAAACCGCCCAGCAUGGCCGAUUUCUUGCACAAGGAAGAAGACACGAAGCUCGUCAAAGCCAAUGCGAGAUCUCAGUCGUUUGUCAGGAAAGGGGUGGAGGUUAUCGACCUCGACUACGAAGAAGAAGCGAUGGCGAGCUAUGGCAAUUUUUGA